AUGGCAUCACCGGCGGCGCACAAGCCGCGCAGGAGGAGGAAGAUGGAAGAGGGCUCGCUCGCCCAUGUUGCACACGGGACGCUCGAUUUGGACGAGAGCACCCAUGCUCGCACGCCUGCAUUUCCUCUGGUUGCGUUCCUCUGGCCUGCCAAGGGCACCGUGUCGCUCUGGGUCACGAUCCCGCUCAUCCUGAUGGCCGUUGGCCUGUUUCGAUGGACAGUCAGCCUGUGGGGGUACUCUGGCUACCACUCGCCGCCUAUGCAUGGAGACUUUGAGGCUCAGCGGCAUUGGAUGGAAAUCACCAAGCAUCUGCCCGUGUCGCAGUGGUAUUUCUACGACCUGCAAUGGUGGGGGCUGGACUACCCCCCCCUCACUGCCUACCACAGUUGGCUGCUGGGUGUAAUUGGCUCCGCCAUCGACCCAGAAUGGUUCGCUCUCGACAAGUCGCGCGGCCUCGAUGACCCUGAUCUGAAGAUAUACAUGCGAGCGACCGUCUUCGUGUCUGAAUACCUCGCCUACGUCCCAGCGCUCGUCGUCUUCCUUCGUCGAUACGCGAAAACCGAAGGCGUCAAUGUCUGGGAAGGCUCCAUUGCGCUGGUGGCCAUCCUACUGCAGCCUGGCACCAUCCUGAUCGACCAUGGGCACUUCCAGUACAAUACCGUCAUGCUCGGCUUCGCUGUCGCCACCCUGUCGAGCAUGGUUGCCGGACGACCGUUGUGGGGUUGCCUCUUCUUCGUCGGCGCACUCGGCUUCAAGCAAAUGGCCCUCUUCUACGCUCCUGCAGUCUUUGCAUACCUGCUAGGGAUUUGCCUGUUCCCCAGGAUCAACAUCGUGCGCUUCCUUUCCAUCGCAAUGGUGACGGUCGCGGCUUUUGCUGUGCUAUAUCUGCCUUUUUUGCUGGGCAUUGCCUACGACAUGUACAGAGGCGUCUCGACGAAAGGACUUCCAAUCCCUCCACUCAUGGAGUCAUUACCGGUUCGCUGGGAUGUCAACGCCUGGUAUUACCCGGUCGUUCUGCACAUGACCCAGUCCAUCCACCGCAUCUUCCCUUUCUCGCGCGGACUGUUCGAGGACAAGGUCGCCAACAUCUGGUGUUCGAUUCACACCUUCCACAAGCUCCAUCGCUACCCACAGGAGCUACUGCAGCGCGCAGCUCUUCUCGCUACCACUGCUGCUAUCCUCCCGCCAUGCCUGAUCAUCUUCCUCAAGCCGAAAAAGCAGCUCUUGCCGCUCACGUUUGCCGCUGUCUCUUGGGGCUUCUUCCUGUGCUCAUACCAGGUGCAUGAGAAGAACGUGCUUCUACCGCUCAUGCCUAUGACUCUCCUGCUAGGCGGGCGAGACGGCCUGCUUCCCUCGACUCGCGCCUGGGUGGGACUUGCCAACAUGCUUGGUAUCUGGACCAUGUUCCCCCUGUUGAAGAGGGACGAGCUCCGAGUCCCGUACUUUGUCAUCACGCUACUGUGGGCGUACUUGCUCGGUCUUCCGCCAGUCUCUUUCUCCGCGUACCACGAGGGCAGUCGAAGUGGGCUCAACCUGCUUAGCAAGAUCCUUCACCUGAACAUUUAUGUGGCUAUGGUGGGCUGGCACGUUGCUGAAGCCUUCUAUCCGCCACCAGCCGACAAGCCGGAUCUGUGGGUUGUCGCAAACGCCAUUCUUGGCACAGGCGGAUUCGGAAUCUGCUACCUUUGGUGUCUGUGGCAACUAGUCGCAAAGAGCGAAAUCCUUGGAAAAGCGAAGAGCAAGACACAGUAG